AUGAAUAGUUUUCGCUCUGUCCCUCAAGCGGAAGACCAUCCCAAGCACAUGGAGUUUUUCGAACAGCUUGAUGCGCCAGAAGCCAAACAAUAUGCGGAAGAAUUUGCAGCCCUUGAAAAAGUGUUGAGGGACUACAUCAUUAAAGACUAUAGCUGUCUAAGAGAUAUUCGCCCGCACCGCCCUCGGGGCGCCCAUCGCAACCAUUCACGGAACACUUUCCUCCCUGAUGAGCCACAUCAAGUUGUCUUCGACAGCUUGGCCAAAGCCCUUCCGCCCCAGAAUACAGAUCGAAGCGAUCCCGUCGACGGGCAGUCGGCCUUGGUCGAUCAACGGCAACCUCCUUGUGCGAUAGCCCAGUCAUAUGAGCAUGCCAGGAUGCUUUACAGCACUCCAAUAUCUCAACAAUCGCCAACCCAACAGUCACAACAAUAUCUAUCGUCCUCCGUUCACAACCCCACCACUCCUCACUUAUACAGUCAAAACACAGCCGAAAUGUCAUCGCAUCCGGCAUGCAUGGUGCAGCUCUGGCCCUCGACUAACACGAUCCCGACGGCUCCAGAAAAUAUCGUCAAUUUGCCUCAACAGGACUUCGCCACACAAGCCGUGACGAGCACUCCGCUUCCUGCGUACGAUAUCUGCCUGGCGGGUUCCCAGCACUGCUCGAUGGGCUCCUUGCCUACACAUCCGCACAGGAUGCAGACUCCUCUGGCGGAACAGAUCACCGCGAGUCCUUACAUGGCUGGGUACGAACAAUACCAGUCUCAGGCAUCGUUGUCGACGUUCGGCAGACCUGUCCACGGUCCCUCCCACCUCAGGAUGAAUGUUCAAGGGCAGUUUGUUGCAGAGGUCCCGUGGGAAUGCGUUGAGAAUCAAGAUUUUCAAGGUAGCUAUCAUCCACAUGCCAUAACUCCAAACACGACCAUAACGGACCUAAGCCGGCUCCGUCCCCAACUCCAGGGUCCAGGAUUCGGCACCGGCAGCGCACUGUCUAACGUGAACGAAAGUGCCAUGAUGAACUGCACAGUGGCAUUCGCGGAGCCCGAGACAUAUUAA